AUGCCAACCACUAAUGAUACUCUACAGUCUUCAUUAUCUACAGAAUUAUUAGUAACUCCACCACUGCUUGUUCACCACCUAUUAAAAACUAAAUCAUUAGAAGAUAAAGAGGUUGAUGAUGAUUCAUUGGAGGCCUGUAAUUUUGCAGAGUCAGAAUAUAAGAAAAGGAUCGGCUUCGGAAAAGUAACUACCCCUUCGCCAGUUAAUCAUAAAAUAUCUUAUAGCCAGAAAAUAGAGCAAGGUAUAAUUCAAGAAGUAGUCCUGUUUAUUCAAAAAGAAAAAUUGCUUAUCUUAUCAACUAAUAUUCCCGGAACUCAAGAUAGCAAUAUAGAAUCAAUGUAUUAUCAAGUUGAUAUAAAAUUUGGGCCUCAGGCAUCUAAAUAG